ACCCCUCUCCCCCAGCCUCAGUUUCCCUGGGCGGUACGGCGCAUCUUUGCCCGCCCCUCCCCCGCAGGCGCUGGGCACCGGGUCCCCCCAGGGCUCAGACUGCGCUUCCCCUCCUCCAGCGCGUCUUUGUCCCCUCCAACCACGGCCUGUGGAGCCCGCGGCACCAUGAUCGCGACCAAGGAGAAGAAUAAAACCCCAAAGGACAGCAUGACGCUUCUGCCCUGCUUCUACUUCGUGGAGCUCCCCAUCGUGGCGUCCUCCGUCGUGUCCCUGUACUUCCUGGAGCUGACCGACCUCUUCAAGCCGGCCAAGGUGGGAUUCCAGUGCUACGACCGGACGCUCUCCAUGCCCUACGUGGAGACCAACGAGGAGCUCAUCCCCCUGCUCAUGCUCCUCAGCUUGGCCUUCGCCGCCCCUGCGGCCUCGAUCAUGGUCGGCGAGGGCAUGCUGUACUGCGUGCAGUCCCGGCUGUGGGGCCGCGGCGGGGGCCCGGGCGGCGCCGAGGGCAGCAUCAACGCUGGCGGCUGCAACUUCAACUCCUUCCUGCGGCGCACCGUGCGCUUUGUGGGCGUCCACGUGUUCGGCCUGUGUGCCACGGCCCUGGUGACCGACGUCAUCCAGCUGGCCACGGGCUACCACGCGCCCUUCUUCCUGACGGUCUGCAAGCCCAACUACACGCUGCUGGGCACGUCGUGUGAGGCCAACCCUUACGUCACACAGGACAUCUGCUCCGGCCGCGACGCGCACGCCAUCCUGUCUGCGCGGAAGACCUUCCCGUCACAGCACGCCACGCUGUCCGCCUUCGCCGCGGUCUACGUGUCGAUGUACUUCAACUCCGUCAUCUCGGACACCACCAAGCUGCUCAAGCCCAUCCUGGUGUUUGGCUUUGCCAUCGCAGCGGGCGUCUGCGGCCUCACCCAGAUCACGCAGUACCGCAGCCACCCCGUGGACGUGUACGCGGGCUUCCUCAUCGGCGCUGGCAUCGCGGCCUACCUGGCCUGCCACGCGGUCGGCAACUUCCAGGCCCCGACGGCAGAGAAGCCGAUGGCGCUGGCCCCCGCCAAGGAUGCGCUGCGGGCCCUGACCCAGCGGGGCCACGACUCGGUGUACCAGCAGAACAAGUCCGUGAGCACCGACGAGCUGGGGCCGCCGGGGCGGCUGGACGGCGUGCCCCGGCCCGUAGCCCGAGAGAAGGCCUCGCUGGGCAGCCUGAAGCGGGCCAGCGUGGACGUGGACCUGCUGGCCCCACGCAGCCCCAUGGGCAAGGAGAACAUGGUCACCUUCAGCCACACGCUGCCCCGCGUCAGCACGCCCUCGCUCGACGACCCUGCUCGCCGCCACAUGACCAUCCACGUGCCACUCGACGCCUCUCGCUCCAAGCAGCUCAUCAGCGAGUGGAAGCAGAAGUCGCUGGAGGGCCGUGGCCUAGGGCUGCCCGAUGAGGCCAGCCCCGGGCACCUGCGGGCGCCCGCGGAGCCCAUGGCGGAGGAGGAAGAGGAGGAGGAGGAGGAGGAGGAGGAAGAGGAGGAGGAGGAGGAGGAGGAGGAGGGUGAGGAAGGGGGGCCGGCCCCGCCCUCACUCUACCCCACGGUGCAGGCCCGGCCGGGGCUCGGGCCUCGGGUCCUCCUGCCACCGCGGGCCGGGCCGCAGCCGCUGGUGCACAUCCCCGAGGAGGGGGCACAGGCGGCUGGCGGCCUGUCUCCCAAGAGCAGCGCCGCCGUGCGGGCCAAGUGGCUCACGAUGGCGGAGAAGAGCGGGGCCGCUGUGGCCGUGGCCUCGGCCCAGCCCCGCGUGGCCAACCCGCCGCGGCUGCUGCAGGUGAUCGCCAUGUCCAAGGCGCCGGGCGGGCCGGGCCCCAAGGUGGCGGAGACCGCCUCGUCCUCCAGCGCCAGCUCCGACUCCUCGCAGUACAGAUCGCCCUCGGACCGCGACUCGGCCAGCAUCGUCACCAUCGACGCGCACGCGCCCCACCACCCCGUGGUCCACCUGUCCUCGGGUAACGGGCCCUGGGAGUGGAAGACGGCGGGGGGCACGGCCAAGGGGGCGGAGGGCGAGGGUGGCUACGAGCUGGGGGACCUGGCCCGCGGCUUCCGCGGUGGGCCCAAGCCGCCAGGUGUGUCCCCCGGCUCGUCCAUCAGCGACGUGGACCAAGAGGAGCCGCGCUUUGGGGCCGUGGCCACGGUCAACCUGGCCACGGGCGAGGGGCUGCCCCCACCGGGCAUGGCCGACGGGGCCCUGGGCCCGGGCAGCCGUGAGUCAACGCUGAGGCGCAAGGCUGGCGGCCUGGUGCCGGGGGAGCGGGAGGCCACGGGCGAGGCGGAGGCCGAGGGCUACUAUCGCAAGAUGCAGGCGGCCCGCAGGUUCAAGGACUGAGGGGGAGGGGUGGGUGCCGCAUGGGGCGCAGGCGGGGACCGCUGGGCGGGUGGGGGUGGGGGGAAGCACUUCGUGACCGGACAAUAAAAUGUCGA